GUACCCCGCGCCUUUUUCGCGACCCGGCCACGAUCCGUCCGUCUCCUCCAAUGAACGUAUACGCGUACGCGCGAAGCAAAGCCUCCCUUUUCCGGAUCCAUCGAUCAUCCAUCUCCAUAUUCUAUUGACAUUUUUUUAAAAAAAAUUAUGAUUGAAAGCUGCAUCUGCAUAGUACGCUGCUUCUUCUUCCUUUGGCCCUUUGUCGUCCCUGUCGUCGUUGCGUACUUUGGAUACCUGGACUUCUUCCCUCCCGCGACUACUUCCCCUUCCCCUUCCCGCCGAGCUGCUGCUAUACCUAGCCAUUAACUCAUCCACGCCUCGCUUCAACUGUUCAGACAAUCGACGCCACAGCGACCAAAUCUUUCGUUUUCAUAUGGAGUAGACACACGCAGAGCUCGGAAGGGAGAGAGAUAUUUCCCUCUCCUCCAUACACUACUGGCAUCAGCAACCGCCGCAGGUUUUUACACAUACAAGCUCGAGAGAGCAGCAGCCUUGAGCUUCUACUAGCUAGCUAGCUAGACGCCAUGGGCAACGUGUGCUUCUGCGGCACCACCUCCACGUCCCCUGACCAGCCCGAACCCGACGCGGCCACAGCCAGCAAAGCGCCGCCGCCACAUCCACAAGGUGGCCACAACAAGAGGCCGGCGACGCCUCCGAGCAGCCAGCAGGAGGAGCCGAGCCCGCGGCCUACCAAGCCCAGACCCAAGGCGAGGCCCAAGGCGGCGGCUACUACUAAGCCCAACAACCCGUACGACUCGGCGCCGCCCGCGUCCCGCGGCGUUGGCGGCGCGUCGGCGUUGGCGGCGCGCGUGCUGGACGGCGUGGUGCCGCACCACCCGCGGCUGCGGGUGACGGACAAGUACCACCUCGGGCGUGAGCUCGGGCGGGGCGAGUUCGGGGUCACGCGGCUCGCCACGGACCGCGCCACGCGGGAGCGGCUGGCGUGCAAGUCCAUACCCAAGCGGCGCCUGCGCACGGCGGUGGACGUCGCCGACGUGCGCCGGGAGGUGGCCAUCAUGGCGUCGCUGCCCGACCACCCGGCGCUCGUGCGCCUAAGGGCGGCGUACGAGGACGCCGACGCCGUGCACCUCGUCAUGGAGCUCUGCGACGGCGGGGAGCUGUUCGACCGGAUCGUGGCGCGCGGGAGGUACACGGAGCGCGCCGCGGCGGCGGCGGCAAGGACCGUGGCGGAGGUGGUCAGGGCGUGCCACGCGCACGGGGUCAUGCACCGGGACCUCAAGCCCGAGAACUUCCUGUACGCGGGCAAGAGCGACGACGCGCAGCUCAAGGCCAUCGAUUUCGGACUCUCCGUCUUCUUCAAACCAGGCGAGCGGUUCACGGAGAUCGUGGGCAGCCCGUACUACAUGGCGCCGGAGGUGCUUCGGCGGAGCUACGGGCCGGAGGUGGACAUCUGGAGCGCCGGCGUGAUCCUCUACAUCCUCCUCUGCGGCGUGCCUCCCUUCUGGGCGGAGACGGAGCAGGGCGUGGCGCGCGCCAUCCUCCGCGGCAACCUGGACCUGCAGCGGGAGCCCUGGCCGCGGAUCUCCGACGGCGCCAAGAGCCUCGUCCGCCAGAUGCUCCAGAUGGACCCCAAGAAGCGCCCCACCGCGCAGCAAGUGCUCGAGCACCCGUGGCUGCAGAACGCGCGGAAGGCGCCGAACGUGCCGCUGGGCGACGUCGUCCGGGCGCGGCUGCAGCAGUUCUCCGCCAUGAACAAGUUCAAGAAGAAGGCGAUGCGGGUGAUCGCGGAGCACCUGUCCGUGGAGGAGGUGGAGGUGAUCAGGGACAUGUUCGCGCUCAUGGACACCGACAAGGACGGCAGGGUGACGCUGGAGGAGCUCAAGGCCGGGCUCAGGAAGGUCGGCUCCAAGCUGGCCGAGCCAGAGAUGGAGCUGCUCAUGGAGGCCGCCGACGUGAACGGCAACGGGUACCUGGACUACGGCGAGUUCGUGGCCAUCACCAUCCACCUGCAGCGGCUCUCCAACGACGCCCACCUCCGCAAGGCGUUCCUCUUCUUCGACAAGGACAGCAGCGGCUACAUCGAGCGCGCCGAGCUGGCCGACGCGCUCGCCGACGAGGCCGGCCACACCGACGAGGCCGCGCUCGACAACGUCAUGCAAGAAGUCGACACCAACAAGGAUGGGCGGAUCAGCUUCGAGGAGUUCGUGGCCAUGAUGAAGGCCGGCACGGACUGGAGGAAGGCGUCCCGGCAGUACUCGAGGGAGCGCUUCAAGACACUGAGCAACAGCCUCAUCAAGGACGGGUCGCUCCGGAUGGCGCGAUGACCACAGCAAGACGAUGCAUAUGUGCUUCAGACUUCAGAGAGGCGAUCGAUGCGAUGAGAUGCUUGGUUUUUGAUGCAUACUACAUCACUUCAUCAAUGGAUGGAUGGAUGGAUAGAUUUAUUUUCUUCAGCUUUUUUUUUGUAUAUAUUCGUUCUAGAAAGUCUCUGAACUUUAUUUAGAAAUAUUUAUUAUCAAUUAACAAAAUCUGCUGAGGGCUUUGGAUCAGUGAGCUUGUGUUGACUGUAAUUAUGCGCCUAAAGUACUGAAAAUGGUCUUUGGAAUUUCUGAA